ACUUCUCCUCAUUGUGCAGUGAGAUCUGAACAAAACGCAACCCAAUUUUGGGUUUCUCUCCAAAGCCAGCUGGUCUGGCUUUAUUCAUUCUUUUGUCUUCUUCCUUUCUUUGUUUGUUUUUUUUUCUAACUUUUGAUAAGUGGCCCGUAGCAGGUGCUGACGGGCAGACUGAGCUUCCUGGAGAAGAACAGCAGCAGGACUGGUGCCGUGAAAAGAAGCCUGAACACGCUGAAAAUAAGCUACACUGAUGGGACAGUGACACAGAGUGAUAGAAGCAAAGAGGGAUCUGAGCUGGAAGUCAAAACAGAAGGACAGACGCAAGUGAUAUUGGAGCGGAUGCUGGAGUAAUUGAAUUGGGAGAAGCAAGCUGAGUGAAGAAAAGAAGACUGCCUUGAGGAUUUGAGAGAGGGAGAGAAAGAAGAGAGAGAAGAGAGAAAGAAAGAAGAGAGAGAAAAAGAGAGACAAAGGAAGAGACGAAGAGUUCUUUUGGGAAGAGGGAGAACCAACAGAGGAACCAUGGGGAGGAAAAAGAUUCAGAUUGCACGGAUUAUGGACGAACGUAACAGACAGGUGACGUUCACCAAGCGCAUUGGCCUGAUGAAGAAGGCGUACGAGCUGAGCGUGUUGUGUGACUGCGAGAUCGCCCUCAUCAUCUUCAACAACAACAAGCUGUUCCAGUACGCCAGCACGGACAUGGACAAGGUGCUGCUCAAGUACACCGAGUACAACGAGCCGCACGAGAGCAGGACCAACUCCGACAUCGUGGAGGUGAGCAAGCUCCAGAGACGUAACGGCUAUGGUAACCACCGUAACUCCCCUGGUCUGCUGGUCUCUCCAGGAAGUAUGAGCAAAGGGAUGCAGGCCAAGUCUCCGCCCCCGAUGAGCAUGAACAUGAGCAGUCGCAAGCCAGACCUGCGCGUACUCAUCCCCCCAGGGUCUAAAAACACCAUGCCUUCCAUUAAUCAGAGAAUAAACAACUCCCAGUCUGCCCAAUCAUUGGCAACCCCUGUGGUCUCCGUAGCAACCCCAACACUGCCAGGGCAAGGGAUGGGAGGAUAUCCGUCUGCCAUAUCCACCUCCUAUGGUACAGAGUAUUAUCUGACCAGUGCUGACCUGUGCUCUCUAUCGCCCCCUGUAGAGUACUCUCUGACCAGUGCUGACCUGUCCUCGCUGUCGGGCUUCAGUGGCUCAGGCUCUCUUCACCUGGGCUCUAUGAGUGGCUGGCAGCAGCAGCACCUGCAGAGCAUGCAGCACUCCUCCAUGGCUCACCUGGGAAAUUGCACUAGUACUCACUUAUGUCCGAGCUCAAACCUGUCCCUGCCCUCUGCCCAGAGCCUGCACAUCAAGUCCGAACCUGUUUCUCCUCCUAGAGACCGAGUGGGGCAUCAGCAAGGGGGCUACGGCAGCGCACAGCAGCUCCCUCCCCCCCAGCAGCAGCAGCAGCAGCAGCAGCAGCCCAAUCACCACCAGGCCCAAUCCCAGCAUGCCGCGGGGCGCCAGGAGGCGGGCCGUUCCCCGGGCGACAGCCUGAGCAGCUGUGGCAGCUCGUACGAGGGCAGCGACCGCGAAGAGCAGCAGCAGCGCAGCGACUUCCACUCGCCACUGGGGGCGCUGCGGCCCCCGCAGGAGGAACACGAGAGCCCGUCCGUCAAACGCGUGCGCCUGUCUGAGGGAUGGGCCUCCUGAUUGCCACGCCAACGAUUGCCACUGCCACUUUCGCAAGAAUCCUACCACUCCCCUCCCCAAAUCCUAAAUCCCAUCCCCCCUCCCCCAAAGAUCCCAAGUUCCUCAUACCCCACCCCUACCAAUCUCCUCAGGGAGGGCUUCAUAUCUGAAAUGUAACUUUAGUAUUAUUAUUAUUAUUAUUAUUAAUAUUAUUAUUUUUCUCUGCAGAGUGCGAGUGCUAUUGUGUAUUAAAGUGGUAUAUAUGUUGCAGGGCGGGAAAGAAGGUUUUGAA